GACGAACGACGACAGUUUGCAAAAAUCCUUGGCACAGUCUCGUCGCUCGACGGCCACGCGGACGGGAAGCGAUAAUCGACCAUGUUGAUAAUCGCGUGUCUCGCCGUUGCGAUCUCGAUUUGCGAUUUCGUCGCGCCGACCGGAUUGCGAGAAACGUGCUCGGACGCUGUUUGGGAAAAGAUUGGAGGCGUCAGGCCGGAAUCUGUGGGCUCUCAUUCGCUUUUAUUUAGCUCCGUGAAUUCCAAUGGGAUCACAAAACCUUGCUUCGACAAAUGUGAGAGGGUAAAUUGUACCGCGUUCGUAGUAGAUUUCGCCAGAAGCGCCUGUUACAGCGUCGAAACGGAAGACGACGAACUGAUACCGGAAGCCAACUCAACCUUCUAUCAUCGUGUCUGCGUAAAAGUUCCCGUGAGCUGUAAACAAAGGAGACUUUGGCAAGUGGAGAGAAACGCUGGAGCAGUGUUCAUCGACUCAGGCGCGUUUCAUUUGCCCCGAUCUAUGACCAGGAACCAAUGCUACGAAAAAUGCAUAGAGAUAGGAAGAAGCUGCAAAUCAGCGCAGUUUCGAACAACGAAACCGCUCUCGACCGACGACGCAAUCGGCCGAUGCACCCUGUCGUUGCUCGAGCGAGGAACCAGACCUCAGGCCUACAGGGCUUCCAUGUAUAGGGACGAGUACCUUCGUGACCAGUGUCGGAACGUGUCGAAACGCGAGUACUGCUCUUACGCGGAAAUUCGAAACGCGACGUUACCGUUCUCGGACGUCGCUCUGAGCAAGCUGAACGAGAAGCAGUGCGAGAGAAGAUGCGACCUGAGCGUGGACGGUUUCGUCUGCCGUGGAUAUACCCUGGACAAUUCCUCCGGCGAGUCGGUAUGCCUGUUGCACUCCGAAGACACGAUCGGGCUGGGUGUUAGCUCGCUAAUCACCGUUGCAAAUGCCGUUUACAGAGAGCGAGAACCGUGUUUGGAUCUGAGGGUGCAAUGUAACGAUACGAUAAUGACGGUAGAGCUGAGGACAAGCGACGCAUUCUUUGGUCGAAUUUACACAAACGGCUACGCAGAGACUUGCGGUGUUCAGGGGCACGGCUUGAAUAGAACGAUACUGACAUUACCGCUGCCCCGUGCCGACCAGCUACGCGAGAUCAUGCCACAAUGCGGCCUAAAUCCGGCUUUUUCCAUUGACGAUCAAAAUCGAACACGGCCGCUCGUUUGGACGACUGUCGUGGUGCAGUUCAACCCCAUCGUUCAACGACUGGGCGAUCAGGCGGUCAGAGUUGGGUGCUCGUUGAACGAUCACGAACCACCAGAACCGAGGAACAUCACCGUUCAUUCGAGUUUCAGCUUUCUUGAUCCAAACGCAGGAGUGCCACCGAUAUCCUCGACCAUCGUGAACGCAUCCUCGCAAGCUCCAAAGGUUACCAUGAGAAUCUUGGAUGAAAACUCAAAGGAUGCAGUCGUCACCCACGUGGGACAGAAACUCACCGUGAAGAUUCAACUGAAUCCACCCAAUGGUCCUUACGACAUCGUCGCGGGACACUUAGUCGCGAGCAGCGCUUCCGGUGAUGCCUCCUUGCUGCUUUUGAACGAGUUCGGUUGUCCCGGGGAUUUAGCAACCUUCCCUCCCUUGUCGAAGGAUCCACACGAUGGUCGAUCUUUGAUCACGACGUUCAAUGCCUUCAAGUUCCCUGGAAGUCAGCUGGUUCGAUUCAACGUGGUCGUUCGAUUUUGCUUGGACGAAUGCAUGCCAACAACAUGCGUAACUGGUCAAGUCUCCUACGGAAGAAGAAAACGUGAAAGUGGGUUACCCGACGCUUCACCUUACGACGCCAAAGUGACGGAAGUGUCUCGGGAAAUCACCGAAGAACUUCCAUUGCAACUCUCCAUAAUCGUUCAUAGUCCUGUCGCAUCCUCGGCGGAUCGUUUAUCGUCGAGGGAAAACGGAUCUCCUGAUACAGUGUUCAUCACUAGUGGAAACUCCUCCAUAGACGGGCUUUUUUGCGUCGAUGCCAGUCUCGCUCUAAGUCUACUGAUAUUCUGGCUGAUCGUUCAAAUUGUACUAAUCGUCGGCUGCCUGUUAGCGGUCGCCCAGUACAGAAGAACUGCCAUACGAGCGGAAGAGGACAGAGCCAGCGUUCUAGCCAGGCAUCUCUACGGCGUUCACGGAGGCAACUUCGAAGUUGUGCGAAGAGUCAGAUGGGCCGACAAUGGUUCCUCCUCGUCCCUUGGUUAACCUGCUGUCAUCCGAGGACCAGUAUCUUGCCUUUGUAAUCACAGCCUUGUCUCUAGUCGACAAUCUUUGGUUGCGACUAAAAGCUACAGGCGUAACAAUGUAAUAUACGAUGUAUUUACAUGACAUGCAGUAACAAUGGCUAUCCCCAAUCUGCCGUACGUUGUGAUUCCAUCAGACCGACUGACCUGUUCGGUACAUCUUAUAGAGAAAGUACACUUGGUCGCGAGAAUGAAUACUAGCGCUUCUAUACCGCCAUCUCUACAAUAGUUUAUAUAUUUGUUUCGACUUUGAAUUUUCAAUAUGAAAGAGAUUUACAAAACUAAGUUGAUGUUUAGACUAGAUUUAUAAAAAUAAAUCACUUAUAAAGAU